AUGUCGUUCAAUUACUCUUCAAUCAUCGAUGAAAGUCUGUCGCCUGAUGAUCCGUUAUUUUGGAGUCGUCCAACGCCAAUCGAUUGUAAUCCCGUGCGUAUUGUUGGCAUCUUCUUAUGUGUCGCUUCGUUUGUUGGAAUCGUUUGUAAUGGAGCAUUACUUUAUGGUUUCGUUCGAUAUAAGCAACUUCGAUCACCAUCGAAUAUAUUCGUCAUGUUCAUUGCUGGAAUAGGGUUUUUCGCUUCCUGCACAAUUUUACCAUUAACCGGCACGUCGUCAAUCUAUUGUCAAUGGCUAUACCAACGAGCUGGCUGUCAAUUUAGUGCCUUGGUUGCAUUUUUAUACGGAUGCUCAAGUUCAUACUUACUUUGCGGAGUUAGUCUUAGUCGAUGUUACAUCAUUGUUCGACCAUUCAAAGCGAAAGACGUGACAGCAAGAAAAUGCGUUAUCAUUUCCGUCGUUGCAAUUCUUAUCGCUUUCAUAUGGACAAUAUUGCCCCUAGUUGGAUGGAAUGAAUACACCAUGGAGGGAGCUCGAACGUCGUGUUGCAUCAAUUGGUACGAUCGUCGUUUUUCAUAUGUAUCAUAUCUAUUUUUCCUCUUUAUUGUGGUGUAUUUGAUUCCAUUAAUUAUUCUGAUCACAGCAAAUACGAUUACUGUACAAGGAUUAAAGCGGAUGCAUUCAAAGAUCGAGAGAGGAAUUCAGACCGCAUUGAAUGCACGCCGUAUCGCAAUGGAACGGCGAAUUGUAAAAAGUAUUAUCAUAACAACAUGUGGAUUCAUUUUCACAUGGACGCCUUACGCUAUAACAUUCUUUGUUUCGGCAUUUCGAGGAAAAGAUUAUGCUCUCCCGCCCUUGACAACAUUCUUAUGUGCUUGCUUUGCCAAAACAUCAGUUAUCUGGAUUCCAAUUCUCUACAUUAGUACAUCCACUCAAUAUAGUUUUCAUUUUAUCAAUCAACAAUCAUUUGAACAAAAUGUCUCAGCUGAUCGUGCAAACACGGUAGUAGCAAACGGACCUCGAUUAUCUCGCAAAAUCAAUGGAUUACCAGCAAACGAUGGCGCGAAUGGCGAUUAA